AUGUCUCUCGUUAUAGUGGGCAUUGGAGGCCCGUCGUCUUCUGGAAAGACAACUGUGGCCAGAGCUCUUCACCUGUUGUUGCCCAAAGCAACGCUAAUACACUUGGACGACUUUUAUUACCCAGAUGAUCAGAUCCCAAUGGACUCUUCCAAGAACGUGGAGAACUGGGACUGUCCUGAAGCCAUUGACUGGGAAAAGUUCAAGGCUUACAUUAAGGAACUUCGCCUGAACGAUGGGGCAAGUCUUCCGGUGAAGAGUUUAGAGAUGGACACGCCGUUAAGGUUGAACGAUGGUGAUGUUGCACAGCUUCAGUCUGAGGUGGAUACGUUUCUCCAGCUGAUAGAGGGGAAACGAUUGAUCUUUGUGGAGGGCUUUAUGCUUUUCCACGAUAGAGAAGUGCUGCUGUUGUUUGAUAAGAAGUUGUUCUUUCAUGGUCCUCAUGAUGUUUUGAAGGAGAGAAGGGAGUCUCGUCCAGGUUACCAGACAGUGGAUGGGUUCUGGGAGGAUCCUCCUAAUUACUUUGACAAUAUCGUAUGGCCUGAGUAUAGAAGGACACAUAGCCAUUUAUUUAUUAACGGGGACGUUGAAGGCGAACUUAAUGAUGAGUCUAAGCAGCACGGGAUUGCUGACUACUCCAACGACGGGACCAGCAACCUCGUCCAAUUGACCCAAUGGGCAUUGGAAAAAAUGACAAUCUAG